AUGUCAAGAAGAGGCUUACGAGAUGAAGAAAUCGAACGAUUAUUGUGUGAAAUUCCAUCAGACGAGGAUUCCACUGUUGACACCACAGAUGACGAAUCUGAUUAUGAAGCAAGCAUUGUUGCGGAGGCUAUUGUGUCGUCUGAAGGCGAAGUUUCAGAGAGCGAGGAAGAAAGUGAGUCCACUCCGCCAAAACGCGCUGCUGACACAGCGCCAACUUGGGGACAACAAUUCAAUGCUACCUCAGGAAUGCAGUUCGACAGUGAAUCAGGACCAAGUGCUUUUAUUAGGGACAUUGAUGAUCCAGAACCUAUCGAUAUAUUCGAAAAAAUAUUUCCAAAAGAGCUAGUUGAGCUAAUCGUUUUCCAAACAAAUUUAUAUGCGACGCAAUCUGGCAAGUCUUUCACUCCAACAACUGACAAUGAAAUACGAACUUUCCUGGGAAUCAACAUUUUGAUGGGUAUAAAGCGUAUGCCAGCAUACAGAGACUACUGGUCUAGUGCCCCAGAACUUCAUGAUCGUUAUAUUGCAUCUCUGAUGGCAGUAAAUCGGUUUGGAUGGUUACUGAGGAACAUUCAUCUGAAUGAUAACACAUUGCAUCCAGAAAAAGGACACCCAGGUUAUGACAAACUGUACAAGCUGCGACCAGUGAUCAAGAUACUAUCUGAAUCUUUUUCCAAGUGUUACCAACCCAGCAAACACCUAGCAAUUGAUGAGUCAAUGAUCAAAUUCAAAGGCCGCAACAGUAUGAAACAAUACAUGAGAGAUAAACCCAUAAAGCGUGGUUACAAAGUGUGGAUGCUGUGUGACAAGACCUCUUACAACUUGAAAUUUGAUAUUUACACCGGAAAAGUAGGUGACACAGUGCAAACAGGCCUUGGGGAGCAUGUAGUGCUGAGUUUGUCCUCUGAACUCGUAAAUAAAGGCCAUUAUCUUUAUUUCGACAACUAUUUCAAUAGCUAUAACUUGUUGGCUGGUUUACAGCAGAGAAACAUAUAUGCCUGUGGGACAGUUCAACCAACAAGGAAACAUUUACCCAAAUUAAAAACAGACAAAGAAUUAAGCAGAGGUGAAUUUGACUGGAGGGUCAGCAACUGUGGCAUCCUCUACUUGAAGUGGAAAGAUAAGAGAGCUGUUCAUCUCCUUUCAAAUUUUCACAGUCCUGAAGUUACUACAGUGACUCGCCGUGAAAGAGAUGGUUCACGCAUAGAGCUACCUUGUCCUCAAGCAGUGAUGGAUUACAAUGCACACAUGAACAAUGUCGACAAGUUCGACCAACUGAAAAAAAUCAUAUGA